AUGUCGUCCAAAUCUUUACGAAGAAUCAGCCGGCGGCGACUUUUAUCGUCGUCAUCUUUUGAUACCUCCUCCGCGACCACGGAGAAGAACAACAUCAACGACACGAAAACGAAAACGAGAGGGAGCAGACGCGCGACAAAAACUGCCGCCGCUGCUGCUUCAGGAGGGGCGGCGACGGCGAAAGCAUCGAAGUCUUCUUCUUCCCUGAAGAAAAGAGAUAACGAGUGGAUACUGCAGGCGAGGGAUGCCUGCGUGUCGUCUGAAUCGUCGUCUGAAUCGUGGGUCGAACGCAUGCGCUCGAGUGCGUCGAAACAACUCUCGGAAUCGAAAACGCCGACGAACAGGGACGAGUCGUGGCGUUUUUUUGACGUUUCGGAGAUUACGAGUGCGACGUUGGUGAGAGAAGAUGAUAGCGAGGCGGAUGUAGAGGAGGACAUGAAAGCGUUCUUGGCGGAUGUUCCGGAAGGAGCGAAAGUCGUCGCAUUCGUCAACGGCCGGUUUUCCGAGAAGUGGUCUUCAAUCGACGAGGACGACAAAAAUGGGGUUUCAAUUUCGAGGACGAUAAGCGGUGACAUCGCGACUGCGAUUGGGACGUACGACGAAGACGAGGAGGUUGAGGGACAAGGCGCGAUUUUCGCGAGAAUCAACAAGAGCUGCGCGAGGAGCGAUAACGUCGCGUGCAUCACGGUGAAGAGUGAGAACGUGGAGAAUAUCGUGUAUAUUAUCCACGCGAGGAGGAGUUCGAAAGAUAGAAAAGAUGGGGAAUUGGCGACGGGUGCGAACGCGAGAGUGUUCAUCGACGCGCUCGCGAAGAGUUCGGUGAGCGUGGUUGAGAAGUACGCCACCGUCGGCGGCUCCGGGAAAAAACACGAUUCUCGGUACUGGGCGAACGACGUCGUCGAGAUACAUUUGGCAGAAAACGCGCGCGUGUUUCACUCGCUCUCGCAAGACCACGGUCGAGAAGCCGUACACACUCGCGCGACGUACGUCCGACAAAACGAGUCUUCGAUGUACGAGAUUAACGAAGUCAACGUCGGGGCGAAGUUACACCGACACGAUUUAAGAGUGAAACAACUCGGGAAGAAAACAGACACGAAACUGAACUGCUUCAACUUAGCCGGCUCGAAACAAACGCAAGAUUUACAUUCAGCGAUUAUUCUCGAUUUCGAGGAAGGCACGACGGAUCAACGACACAGAUGCAUCGUCUCCUCGUCCUCGGGUAAAGGCGUUUUCGACGGCAACGUGAGAGUGAACAAACUCGCGCAACGAACCGACGCGAAACAAAUCACGAGAAACUUAUUGUUAGUGCCGAAAGCGACGGUGAACGCCAGACCGAAUUUACAGAUCAUUGCGGAUGACGUCAAGUGCACGCACGGAUGCACCGUUUCCGAUUUGGAAGAGGAGGAGUUGUUUUACAUCCAAAGCCGAGGUUUGACGAAAGAAAUCGCGAGGUCUCUCUUAGUCAGCGGGUUCGGCACGGAGAUCAUUUCCGGAAUGAAAGGCGGGGAAAAGUUCAAAGAAUACGUACGAGAGACCGUGAAAAGCGCGCUGAGUAAAGAUGCGGUCGAGCUUUUAGUCGCUUAA